AUGAAGAAGCGUGCCACUCACAGUACAGGGAAGCGAAAAGGUAGUCAGAAGGACCUGAGACCUCCAGACCUGUGGAUCCAUCAUGAGGAGAUGGAACUGAAGAACAUUGAGAAGCCUGCCAGUGCCGCCCCCUCUGGAUGUGAUUCGCCCAUCCAGGGUUCCAUCCAGGAAAUCCGGUCUCAGUCUGUCAGUCACAGCCAAUCAGAGAGUCAGAUGGGAAGCAAGAGCAGCCACUCAGGUGUGGACAAUGACGAGGCUUCCAGCUGCAUCUCUACGUUAGAGCGCUCCCUAGCUGCCCGGAGGGCAACACGUACCAAGCUAAUGAUCCCCAUGGACUCUCAGCCCAGCAACACCCCUGUUGUCAGUGCCAUCCCAGUGCCAAUUCUGGAGAGCAGUCAGUACCCUGGCAUCCUGCCCUCGCCUACCUGCGGGUACAACCAUGGUACUCUGACAACCCACCCCAAGUUCACCCUGAGACCCAUGCCCUUCCCCAGCCUCACCGUGGACCGAUGCUAUGCAGCAGCAGUGUAUUUUGACGAGGCCCAGAUGAAGUGUCGAGGCCCAGAUUAA